UGUUGGUUUGUCUGUGUUCCACGGUGUCCUGUCCCUCGUGCGCUGCCUCGCCCCAUUCUGGUACCCUCUCAGGUGCAAUGGCCUCUCAAAUAGCAAAGGUGUUGUUGUCAUUGGAUGCUGAAGCAGUCGGCUCGCUCAAAGAAGGAGUCAAUUUCAAGAAAAGCCCAGAGGACGGCAAAUGUUACAUCAUAUUUAAGAGCAACAAUGACUUGAAAGCAUGCAAAAACCAGUGCAAGCAUCAAGGUGGGCUGUUCGUCAAAGACGUUGAAGACCUGGAUGCAAUGACUGUAAAAUGCACCAAACACAACUGGAAAUUAAACGUGUCAACAAUGAAAUAUGUGAACCCGCCCGACAGCUUCUUGCAGGAUGAGCUCGAGGUCGAAGUGUUGGAUGAUGGGGGGCUGCAGUUGGUGGAGCUGAGCCCUGUUGACCCCUGGAUGGCUGAUCCUCGAGAGCCUCUGGAGCUCCAGGAGGGAGAAGUCAAAGUGACUUACCUAACCCACGCCUGCAUGGAGCUACAGCUUGGUGAGAGAAGGUUCAUGUUCGACCCCUGGUUAAAGGGUCCCGCGUUUGCCAGAGGGUGGUGGCUUCUCCAUGAGCCUCCAGCAGAUGCUCUGGACAGGCUUUGUGGUGCAGAUCUCAUCUACAUCAGCCAUAUGCACUCAGACCACCUCAGCUAUCCCACACUGAAGGUCUUGGCAGAAAGAAGGCCCGAUGUCCCCAUAUAUGUUGGUGACACAUCCAGGCCUGUGUUUUGGUAUUUGAAGCAAAGCCAAGUGAAGCUGACCAACAUUAAAGUCAUUCCCUUUGGUGUUUGGCAAAAUAUUGAUGAACACCUGAGGUUCAUGAUCCUGAUGGAUGGUGUACAUCCUGAAAUGGACACCUGCAUCAUUGUUGACUACAAAGGUCACAUGAUCCUCAACACUGUGGACUGCACCAGACCAAACGGCGGCAGGCUGCCACAGCAUGUGGAUGUGAUGAUGACCGACUUCGCUGGAGGAGCUUCUGGAUUCCCGAUGACCUUCUAUGGAGGGAAAUACAGCGAUUCCUGGAAGGCAGAGUUUAUCAAGAAUGAGAGGAAGAAGCUGCUGAAUUACAAAGCUACACUGGCGAAGUCCCUGCAGCCCAGGAUCUACUGCCCAUUCGCUGGAUACUUUGUGGAGGCUCAUCCGUCAGACAGAUACAUAAAGGAUACUAAUAUCAAAAACAGUGCAGAGGACCUCAAUGCACUAAUUAAUAAGCUGGCACCAGCAAUCAAGACUUGGACACCGCAGCCAGGUGCUGUGCUGGACCUGGGCCUCGCUCUGAGAGACCCCACCAGCAGUGAGGCCAUCAUCAAUCCACCAGCCAGUGCAAAACUCUACAAGGACAGCUGGGAGUUCGACUUGUAUGUGAACGAGCUGAACGGUGCCAUCAAGUCGGACAUAUUUAAACAUCAGAGCUGGAUCCAGUUUUAUUACACGUGGGCUGGCUUUCAAAACUACAACCUUGUUGUGCGGGUCAUUGAAACAGACGACGAGUUUGAAUGCAUCACUGACGGUUAUGACUAUCUGGUGGACUUUCUGGAUCUAUCGUUCCCCACAAAGAGACCUGACAGAGAGCACGCCUACUUGGAGAUUAAAAACAGGAUUGGAGUGAUGAGGUACGUGGUGCUGCACGGCUGUCUGUGGGACGACCUGUACAUCGGCUUUCAGAACCGCGUCAGCCGAGACCCAGACAUCUACCACCACAAGUUCUGGAAGCACUUCCAAGCAGAGCUGCCACUUUGCAGGCCAGACUGGGAACAGUUCCGAAAACAGGUCUUCACCAUCGAUGAGUCGACCAUACCUCUCAGUGAUACAACGAUGGGAAAUAACUGUGCCCUGUCGUGAAUUGAUUCUGGUUUGAUUCUGGAUUUGUAAAGAUCCAGUUACUGAUUUGAUGUAAUGAUUAUUAACUAUGCAGUUCCAAUUGGGCCUAGGUCACCGCUUUACAUUAAUGAGAUAGCAAAGUAAUCAAUCAGGUGGCUGUCAGGUAAGGAACUCAGCUCAGGGUCAUCAGUCUUUAAUAGACAAAACACUGAUUUUGCACAUUUAAUCAUCUUUCAGAUCAGGAAAACUGUUUACAAUCACUUUCUGUGAAGUAUAAAUCUGUUUUUACCUUAACAAUGCUAUGUAAUUGAUGGUAAUAAAAAUGACAUCUAUUUUGCUAUUAA